AUGCAUGCAUUCACCUUCACUAUACUCUUUCUACUUGCCGAUCUCAAUCUCUCCUAUCCAGAUGACGUCGUUUGCUACAGGAAAUGGUAUUUUGACAACCCGCGACCAGCACCCAGGCGCUGCCCUCCGUCAGACUUCCUGUCGUACUAUGAAUGCUGUGGCGAAUCUGAUGCUUGCUGCCGACGAAUUCGAAUCGAGUUACUGUUAGUGUUCUAUUCUACUUUAUAG